UCUCAGUCGGCAGCACUACGUCCUAAAACCUGUUAGCUCCACCUGACUGUUAUUAUAGUCACCGUUGCAAAUGCCUAAACGAAAACGCGCACCACGUCCAGCCUCUGAAUUGGGGGAAGAUGACUCUGAUAGUUCCUACGACGAAACAUCCCGCACUGAGGUGACAAAGAAGACUAGGAAGACGCGUCAACCAACGCGUACGACGCGCAAGAAGGGCCACGAGGGUGAUGGGUCGACUAUGGUUAACAGUAUCUCAGGCCAUUCAGCGUCUAUGCACGUCAUAAGUGCUGUCGAGUCAAUGCGAGUCGCGCUCCUGGAGUGGUAUGACAGAGUCCAUGACGCUCGAAAAAUGCCUUGGCGCAAGAAGUUUGACCCCUCGUUCGACACUGAGGAGCGUGCACAAAGAGCCUACGAGAUUCUUAGGUCUGGAUCUCGGAAAUUAUGCUACAACAGACUCAAGUCGCGACAGUGAUACCGUAUUAUAAUAAAUGGAUGGCAAAAUUCCCCACCAUCAGGGACCUUGCAGCUUCUGAUAUCGAGACCGUCAACUCUUUGUGGAAGGGGUUAGGCUAUUACUCACGUGCAGCACGCUUGCUGAGUGGUGCCCAGAAAGCCGUCAAAGAACUACAUGGUCGCUUACCCGAUAAUGCAAAAGAUAUGGAGGCAGAAAUACCAGGCGUGGGUAGAUACAGCGCAGGGGCAAUAUGUUCUAUUGCGUAUAAUCAGUGUGUACCUGUGCUUGAUGGCAAUGUACAUCGACUUCUUAGUCGCUUCACAGCGUUGCAUGCACAGCCGAAGUCUAAACGGACCCUAGAUAUCUUAUGGGCAGGCGCCGAAUCAUUCAUAGAACAAUCGAAGCGCCCUGGCGACAUAAAUCAAGCUUUGAUAGAACUAGGAAGCACUGUCUGUACAGUCCGAGAUCCUGUGUGUUCCGAUUGCCCCCUGCGUCUAUGGUGUAAGGGAUAUCAGAAGACGCAGCCCAAUGCAUCACAUCCAAGUGCUGUAGAUGCUGAUAUCGAAGACCUCUGCCUGGUUUGCGAUCCUAUGCCAUCUGAUGAAGACGAUGGAUCUGUGACUAUAUAUCCCAUGAAAACUGCACGCAAAAAGCCCAGAGAAGAGCUUGAUUCUGUGAAUGUCAUAGAGUGGCGAAGCAUAAACAACGGAGAUCGCUGGUUUCUUCUGGUCCGCCGACCCCAAGGGGGACUUUUAGCUGGUUUACACGAAUUUCCUACAGUACCCAAUUUGACAGGCGCAAAAGCUUCUUCAUCCGAUAUGGCUAAAGUACCAUACAGACUUCUCCAGGAACUUCUCAUGCAUCCACCACAUUCCUUACACAGCGAAAAAGAGCCAUCGAAGAAGCCAACGAACUCUAACCCAUCGUACCACGUUCCAAAAAUAACACACGUGACGCCCGCGGGCGAUGUUGUUCACGUAUUUUCGCACAUCAAGAAGACCUACCGUGUUCAGUGGGUGUUGCUGGAGGGCGAGGGAGAUGAGCCCCCACAACUUCGCCCAGCUGUUUCCCCAGAUCAAGGUGCCAGGGAAAAUGGUAAUUGCGUCAAAAACCCCAAGGGAAAGCAAAGACCUUCAAAACGAUCCGAGGUAUCCGAGGCGGAGGUUAAUCCAAUUCCGCAGACCUUGAGUGUUCAGUGGGUACCGCUCACCCAAGUAGAGGAUACAAACAUCGGUACUGGUGUUCUCAAGGUGUGGAAGCUGGUUGAGAAGCUGUGGACCAUCACACGGUAAUUAUAUCGCGUCGAGCUUAUCUUGGAAGUCUAGCCAAAGUUUAUUUUAUGAUAUACAUGCCAAUAACUAGUUCCCAGG